CUAGAUUUGCAGCUUCAGGUGAAACUCUGGUGAAACUUCAGUGAAGUUUCGUUGCACCUUCGGACAGGAGAGAGACAUUACAUCCACAAAGCCUUGCUGUCACCGUGGAGAUGGCGGACGCGAUGAUGUCGAGUGUCCAUCCCCUGGCUCCAUCUCCGGCGGCAUUGCGCGCCGAGCUGAGUUUAGCGAUUCGCAGUCAGGCAGCAGGAGGUAAGCGGCAGGCAGGAGUGCGGCAGCGGCGAAGUUGGACGACAGAUCUGUGCCGCGGCGCAUUGGACCACUCGUCGACGUGGUGGUCCCCACGUGGACCGGCAGCUCCUUCCAUUCCGACUCAGCGGCGUUCAGAUGCAUUUGCACGACGGGCAUGUCCAGGUUCUUCUACUACUACUACAACAUCAUGCAUCCUCCUUCGUGAUCGUUCUCUUCUUCCUCCUGCUCUUCCUCCUCUUCCUCCUCCUCCUCCUUCUCCUCUCCCUCCGUCUCCUUCUCUCGCCCCUCCUACCGGUAGUCGUCGCUCGGCGAGCAGCAGCAGCAGAUCCCGGGCACUUGUGGUCGUUGCACAUUGUCAAGCGGGCGAGGGCGAUCGCGACAGUCCCGGUCGGGACGACUUAGAUCCACAGUCGCGAUCAUCCAUGGACGGCGGAGAUCCAGUGGUCGGCAGAUGGGAUCCCAACGACCAGAGUCUGACCAGCACGACGACCACCAGCAGGAGCAGCAUUACGGGCGCCGACCUCGGCGCCUGCCACGAGUCGCUACCGGUAGCAACGACCGCUGCCGAUGGAAACACGGGUCACCGUGGAGGAGAGAGCAGAGUUGCUCUACGGGAAUGGAGCAGGAACAGGAGGAGGAGUAGGAGGAGUAGGAGUAGGAGGAAAGGAGAGGCCAUCUGGCAAGCAAAUGGAGGGUUCGGACUUGAGUUUGAACCCUUGACUUCAUGGAGGUGCUCCGCGCUGCUUCCCUUGACUUCAUGGAGGUGCUCCGCGCUGCGUUUCUGCCUGUUCAUCCUCCGGGCGCAUCGAGCUGGCGGCAACCCUCCAGAAUCGUUCUUAUCACCCUCAGCUACUACUACUACUACUACUGCUUCUUCCUCUUCGUCCGCGUGUCAAUCCUACGAAGAAGAAGCGAUGGCGGCAAGGAAGAUGGAAGGCGCCCUCGUUGCCCUCGGUGGUGAUACGGCUAUGGCGGGAACGAAGGAACAAUGGGAGGAGGAUAGAGCGGAAGCGAGGGAGCAGCAGGACCGAGCAGUCGUGCACGACGAGAGUGUGAGAGAGCAGUGGGUGAAUGGAGGAGAGGGGAGAGAGAGAGAGAGGAAAAGGGGGGAGGGAGAAAGGGAGGGAGAAAGGGAGGGAGAGAAAGAUGGGGAGGAUGAGGAGGAGGACGACGAGAAGCAGCUGCAGACGAAGAGUGGAAGCAUCGUAGCAACUGAGAGCACGUGCGUCGUUUCCGAUCUGUUGACGUCAUCUGAACGUGAUCUCGGCGGCGACGGUGGCGACGGCGGCGGCGAUAUCAACGUGCUACAAGGGGAUCAUCCUCAUCAUAAUCAUAAUCAUCUUGUCAUUUUCUCUUCCUCCUCUGCUGGGCCGGGUAAUGCGUCGGCUAUGGAACUGGCACCGUUAGAGCAGGAAGACGAAAGAGAACCGAAGGAGGAAGUGGGAGCAGAUGGACAACAGAAGAAGGGCAAGGAUGACGAAGACGAGGAGGGCAACGGUAAUGGAGGUUUCACAUCUUCUUCUUCUUCUUCUUUGGCCGAUGAUGUCGGUACGAGCAGCCGUGCGAUAGAAGCGGAGACGGAGGUCAUCCCAUCCUCCUCCUCCUCCUCCUCCUCCGUGCGGGCGGAGAUUGCGGGUACGACCGAGGAUGACGAGACGCGCAUUGCCAAGCUGAGCGCUAUCGAGAGCAACAAUUUGAAUCUGAAUUUGAACAAGUCGAAUUUGAGCUCUUGCCCUCUCGAAUCGGCUAGUUCGGAGGUGAAUGGGGAGCUAUUUUUAGACCGUCGUCGGAACUCAUCUGCGGAGGGAAGUGCAAGUGUUCCAACCGCUAAUUCCUCUCAUGGAGUGCGUGAGGAUGAUGAGGAUGAUGAGGAUGAGGAUGAGGAUGGUGAUCGUCAUGGGGAUCUCAACUCGAGGAGGCGACGCGGUAUGAGCUGGAAUUCCGAUCGGGAUCCCGAUUUCGAAUCGGAAUCGUCGUUGGACGAUUCUCGUGAACGAGGAGGAGGAGGAGGAGGAGAAGACGGCCCCGAUCCGAGCAAGGGAAGGCCUCGUUAUCGGGAUGAUCAUCGCGAUUCCAACCGCGCUAUGUCCGAGGAGGGGCAGGCGGCGAAGACGGAGGGGCAGAAUACCUCCUCCUCCUCCUCCUCCUCGUCGUUAUCGGGAUCGGGGUCGGGAUCGCAGCUCGAUCAUGAUUGCCAAUCGUCGUUCUGCACAACUACAGAUGAGUUGCACUGCGGUGUUGUGCACCCAGGUGCUCUGUCCCGUACGAAAACGACAAUUACCACGGACAGUCGGUCGAAGACGGCUGUUGUAGCGGUAGAGUCAUCCGUGACAUUCACUGGGGACGAUUCCUCCUCAUCCUCUUUGGAAGUUGAUGAUUACUUGGCUUUGGCAGAGAAUUGCGUGCUGAAGAGAGCGUCAGAGCUGAUGAAUAAGACCAGGAGAGAGCAGUUGAUGAUGGGCGACACGGGCGACGCCAAUGGUCGCACGGCGGAGGUAUACGAGAAGCAUAGAGCUAUAGUCAGCGUUCUCGAGGAGGGAAAGGUGGUGGCUGCGCGACCGACCCAGCCGCCCAGCAUCUUCGGGCACGAGAGCUUUGUUCUGCAGCUCAGGGAUUCACGGACCGGGUUGAAGGCCAAUGCAAUCUUCAAACCAAGAGUUGGCGAUGGUGACGCUGAAGGCUGGCAUCGGCCCCCAAUCGAAUUGGUGGCCUACAAGCUCAACUUGAUGCUGGGGAUGGAUUAUGUUCCUCCGGUAGGUCUUGUUUGUAUGAAAUUAAUUUGAAUAUUAUAUUAUGCAAGGAGAAUGAGCGAUAGCGAACUUCAGAAAUCAAACAGCAUCAUACAC